ACCGGGCCGCGCGUGACCCGCGCCGCGCGCGAGCAGCAUGAGCGCGCGCCCGGGCCAGUGACCGCCCCGGGGAUGGACUGCGGCUCGCUUGCGGGCAACAGGCCGAGGAGCGCGCCCGGCCGCCGGCGGCUGCUGCUCUCCCUGCGCGCCGGCCGCAGCGGAAGCCCGGACGGCCGCGGGGUGCCGGCCCGCCGCUGCCUGUCCGCGCUACCCGGCGGUCUGGGGGCGCUGUGUCCCCGCGCCCUGGCGGUCCGCGGCGGCGCGUCCCGAGCCUCCCCGCUGCUCCUCCUCCUGCUCGUGCCCGCCCCGCGCCUGGCCGCCGCCGCCCCGCGCCGGCCGCUCGGAGACUGGGAGCGCUCGCGCGCCGGGCCCUCGGCUCGCCUGGCGCGGCGCGGCGCCGGGAGCUGCCAGCAUCGCGUGGCCCCGCGCACCCGCUGUGCCGCCGGCGCCCUCCACCUGUGCCACGGCCCGGCGGCCGGCCUCGCUUCCUCCAGGAGAGAGCUGAGCCUGUCUGCUGCGUGCUUGCAGCUGGAGCACAGGAGGACAGAUUUCACCUCUUCCGGGAGUAGGAAGCUCUACUUUGACACCCAUGCCUUGGUGUGUCUACUGGAAGAAAAUGGGUUUACUACGCAACAAGCAGAAAUCAUUGUAUCUGCACUGGUCAGGAUCGUGGAGGCCAACAUGAAUGUCGUCUACAAAGAUAUGGUCACCAAGAUGCAGCAGGAGAUCACUCUUCAGCAGAUAAUGUCUCAGAUUGCUAAUGUGAAGAAAGAUAUGAUUAUUUUGGAGAAGAGUGAAUUUUCAGCCCUCAGAGCAGAAAAUGAGAAAAUAAAGCUUGAAUUGCAUCGGUUAAAACAACAAAUAACGGAUGAAGUGAUCAAAGUCCGAACAGAUACCAAAUUAGACUUCAAUCUAGAAAAGAGCAGAGUAAAAGAAUUGUAUUCAUUGAACGAAAGGAAGCUGCUAGAAAUGAGGACGGAAAUGGUGGCAUUGCAUGCCCAGCAAGACCGGGCCGUCACCCAGACAGACAGGAAGAUAGACACUGAGGUCGCUGGCCUGAAAACCAUGCUCGAGUCACACAAGCUUGAUAAUAUUAAAUAUUUAGCAGGGUCUGUAUUUACAUGCCUAACAGUAGCUCUGGGAUUUUAUCGCCUGUGGAUAUAAUAAAGCAUCUAUUUGAAGAGA